GCAGGAGAAGAGAAUUCCUAUAUUUCAUAUUCUUGUAGCAUAUUUUAGUCUGAAAUCCUAAAACAUCGUUUUCCUAAUUUCUAAAGAAAAGAAUUAAGUUUUUGAGGAUGGAGAACCUUCGAGAAAGCGAGAAACUCGUCCAAUGUCCCUACAAUCCAUCCCAUCACAUCCGUCAGAGCCGCAUGGACGUGCACUUGACCAAAUGCAGAAGAUCCUACAGAGAAAGCGAGGAAAUUGUGAUCUGCGAUUUCAACACCUCUCACCGCAUCUCAAAGCUGGAACUACAAUACCAUCACGAAAAUUGCCCCUCUCGAAAAUCUACAGAACUAUCAGUUUUCAUGGAAGCAGAGAAAAUACCAAUCCCUAUUAAAGCGCCACUAGUUCCUGUACCUGUUGAUCAAACUUGGGAUCUUGCCCCACCAGUUAAAUCUUACGACCCGCAAAAAUACUGCGAAGAAAACAAAAUUUUGCGCAGAAUCGAUACCGAAUCGGCUGCGAAAAGGCGCGAUUUUCGCGAGUCCGAAAGAUUGAGGUUUUCUAAUUUGCCACAAGAAGAACCCAGCCAAGACAGAAAACCCAGCGAUAAAAAACCCAAGGAGAAUAUGCAUCAUUUGCCGCCGGUACCGAAAUUCGCUAACAACUUAGAAAGAGCACCUGCUGAUAUUAUGAUCAGGCCUCCAAAGGUGGUUAUUCCGAAAAGGAAGAAUUAGUUUUUGGGGGUUGAUUUAUUAUUAUUUUUUUUUGACACAAAGAAUUUAAAUAUUUUUUUUGUAAUUUCAGUUCAUUAAGGUAAAGUUUGUACUAAUUUGAAACUUUUUAAAUUUAAGUUCAAACUUGUUUAGUAAUUGUGGCAAGUAUCCACUCUUUUGAAUGCUAUACAAGUUUCAAAUUUGUACUAUAGGCUUAGUUAUUUGAAAGAAAAAAAAUAAUGUUUUAUUCAGAGUUUGUUAUUUUAAGAAAUGUAAUAUUCUAUUUUUGUUACAAUAAUAAUAGGAAUAGUUGUAAUAAAAUACAUAGAGUUUUUCGAGUGACUGAUCUGAGAUUCUGGACGCUGAUUGACCAAAAUUAGGAGAUCGCUCAAUUUAAACGAUUAACCCAAGGCCCUAGUGAGACCCCAAAAUCUACCCAAUCAGAGGCCAAAAUCUCAGAUCACACAGUGGAAAAAGUCUAGAAUGGAUAUUAAAGGCUUAUCAAUAUUAUUUUUGUGAAAAAGUGCCACUUAGAAUAAAUUAUUUUUUUGCAUAUUAUUAUAUUAGAUAUCGGUUUUUUCUUAUUAUAUUAUUUAAGCGUUGCACUCGGGAUGGUUGAGAAAUUUGAAAUCAUUUGAAUUGGGUCUAAACCCUAAUUAGUUUACCAGCAUUUCAAAUUUUUUGAUCAAAAGAGUUGAAGUAGGAACCAAUAUUAUUAAGAAAUAUUUAUAAGUUUGAUUUAUGAUUAUUUUUGUAGUUUGUGAAUAAUUACAUUUCUAUUUUGCGAAUAAAUGUUGGGAACCAAAA